ACGACGCGGUCUUCUGUCUGCAGCAGACGACGUGUUCGCGGCCGUGCGUUGUCGCAUCUGCUGCUGCAGCGCGGCAUUUGCGACUUUUUCUGUGCACGGUCGAAGUGUGGAUUCUCUCCUUUAUUUGUUUUUUUAUAUCUUUUGUUCCUGGGAGGAAGCUCGUUUUGUGGCGAUUUUUGCUUCUCCCUAAACUCGCGGUGGGAACGGCUUCGAGAUGAUGGAAGGAACGCUUUCCGAGUAUGCCUUCUAUUUACUCUUUCCCUGUUCCCUACUCGUCGGACUGCUCUGUUUGGCCAAGCACAUCAUUCGAAGGACCGAAUUCUUCCACAGCGACGACUCCCUCGAAGGAAAGACCAUUGUUGUGACAGGCGGCUCCAAUGGACUGGGCCGCACGCUGUGCUUGGAGCUCGCGCGGCGGGGCGCCCGAGUGGUCAUCGCGUGCCGCACGCGACUGCGGCGCGACUCGACGGCCUUCUUCCUGCGCGAGAAGACCGGCUCGUUCAACGUCCGGGUCAUGUACAUGGACCUGACCAACCUGGAGUCCAUCCGCGAGUUCGCCAAGGAGCUCAUCGCCUCUGAGGAGCGCCUAGACUGCAUCGUCAACAAUGCUGCGAUCAUGACGGGGCGCGACUUCACGGCCGACGGCAUCGACCUGAUGAUGGGCGUCAACUACGUGGGCCACUUCUUCCUCACCACGCUGCUGAUCGACAAGCUGCGCUCGACGCCCGGAGGCAUCGCGCGCGUCAUCAACGUGGUGUGCGGCGGGUUCCGCAACGGACAGAUGGCCGACCUCGAGGACAUGGAGGACAAGCGCGUGCGCCACGAGUACGACUACCGCACCGUCUACCGGAGCUCCAAGCUGGGACUGGUGCUCUUCAACAAGGAGCUGGCCAGGAGGUACCGUCCGUUCGACGUGGCCGCUUUCUGCGUGGAUCCGGGUCUCAUAGCCACCACCCUGUACAAGAACCUGCCGGGCUUCCAGGGCCGCUUCAUGCAGACCUUCGCUCGCAUCAUGUUCCGCUCCACCGAGGAAGCCGUGCAGUCGGUCCUCUACGCCAUCAUGGCACGCAAGAUCGAGUCAGACUCCGGAAAGGUGAUCAAGGACCUCCACGCCUACGACACCCGCAGCUCGGAAUGGAACGAGGAGGCGACCCGGGGCCUGUGGGAGCGCACCGAGGAGCUGAUCCGCUCCAAGGGCAUCCCCUUCUCGCUGUCUCAGGAGGCCGAGGAAGAGGACCUGGGAGGAGGCGUCGAGGCCGCCAAGAUCAACCUGGAGGCGUUCGCCCAACGGAUGCAGCAGGGCAUCCAGCAGGUUGACGACUGACCUGGCGCUGGAGAUCACGGUGAAGACGCUGACUCAUGCGCACGAGCGUCCUUCGUUGUUAUUCUCAUUUUAUCCCUCCUUCCUUUCCCUUCAUGUGUACAGAUCGUCGUGUCUCUCGUGUCUGUGACGUCUCUGUCCUAUCUUUUUUCUACCCUUUACGUAUUUAUUUUUUGUCUGCCAAAUGCCGUAUACAUAUAUAACGCGGAUUGCUAGGUCCCUUUUCGCUAGCUACGAAGUCUAAAGGCCCGCGACCUUCGCCCGUGUUUGUAGUUGCCCGUGGCCUUUUGUUGAGAGAUCCCUGCGAUGCGAAAACUGGCACCCACUCCGAUAGGCGAUGAAGGAACAUAAAUUACGGCGAGCUUGAUUGGCGACCGAGGAAUAAACGUUGACUGGGACGCGCAGCCCGAUGGGAGUCAGUUAUAGGGCUUGUGGAAUGUACCACGUUUAACCUCCACGUUUCUUUUGCGAUCCUAGUUAGGAGUGCGGUGAUUAGAGUCCAGUUAGCCGCCUAUAUCAGUGUUAGCAGGGAUCAAAUGCAACCCGAGCAGCAGGGUAACUUCGCACGGAGGAGAUUGCGCGUGGUUCGGCUUUUAGCUGUAGCCUGAAUCAGAGCAGAGAGGGAUCUAGCGAUUGCGAUUGCUCUGUGAGCAGGCUAUAUGUCACGCGGCCGCAUAUAUGGUGAUUCAGCUUCGAUAGAGAAAGUGUGCACACGGAUAUACGUUCGUUGUGGGUUCUUCAGCAAACAAAAGAAUUUCCACCAACAGCAAUUGGUGUAUACUUUUUUUUUUGUUAUGGUUGCCAGGCAUUUCAAAGUGGGCGGAAGCAAAGAUUUGUAGAGUCAUAUAUUAAUGAAAGUUGAUUGAACGUUUGAACGUUUCGUCACCUCUAAAGGAUAUCCCGAAAGGUGGCAGACAGCUAACCCCACUGAUGAAACUGUUCUGUGAUAAUUUCCUAGGCCUAAAUUAUGAAGUACAGAUCGGAUAGAGUUUUGCUGAACCGAUAUUCUAAACUGCCGACGGAUUGCUCUGCCAGGUCAGGUAUACGUGCCAGCAGUGCUGCAGCGUCUAACAUAGCAAAAAAGAACAAAACCAGUACAACUACGAUGUGGCAUUAUCAAAUAUAAUAAAUUUUAAUUCAGGUAUUUCAGCCUCGCUUUUCAAUAACUCGGCGUAUAUGAACUAUUAUCCAACCCCACAAGUCACCAUUUCUGCUGUCGCACCGGCAGAAUGGUGCCAUGUUCUGUAGAUACCUAUCCAGAAUGUUCUACCUGAGUGUGAGCUCGAAGGGAGAGGAAUAGUCAUUGUUUUUAUUGGUGUGUUUCCAAUAUUCCAUUAUAGUCUAUUCCUUGUUUGUUUUUCUUGUUUGCGUUUUCAUAAAUGAUAUGAGUUCAGUACACAUCAACUCAGCCGCAGAGAGAAUCUCGACAGCUGGUAGUAUUCGCCAAAAGCUAGGCAGCCUUUCAAAAGGAAACUUACACAACUGUGGCCUUCGCCCCAUCGAAAUGACUGCUGAAGAGAGGCGAAGAUAACACUUGCAAUAUACAAUAGGUUUAUCGAAAGUUAUACGUCCAGAAUGGACAUUUUGUUUAGGCCAGAACAGCAACAAAGUGUGUCGAGUUCGCUGCCUUCUCGUCUAAUGAAGAGACAUCGAACGAAGGUGUUUCACACGUCUCAAUAAAGGAACAAAGAGAACUUCAUUCAGCAUGGAUAUCACAA